AUGGCUAGCAUUCUCCAGCCCAAAUCCCACACGACGGUCUUUCUAGACCAGCCGCCCAGCUGUCUCGAAUUCUGUCCAGAGAUCCGUGACCACUUCGUGGUGGGCACUUACCUCCUAUCCGAGACCAAGAAUGAGAGUGGAGAAAUCCAACAGACCAAAACCGGAAGCUUGCAGUUGUGGAAAUUAGAGCCGAGCACCAAUGCACUAUCCUUGGUACAUAGACUGGCACUCCCCUAUGCAGUCUUUGAUCUCCACUUCCACCCAAGGGAGAAAAACAAGUUUGCCAUCGUGGGUAGUACAGGGCUAGCAGCCUUGUUCAGCGUCAAUUCUUCCACGCUUGCCAUAACUCAGAUCUGGGAGAAGCAAAUCCAUGAAGACACGUCGAUCCCAGCCCUGUUUCUGGCCUGGGCCCCUCAGGAUUGGUUCCCUCGACCGGCAUCUGAUGGCUUUGCUGUUACGUUCUCGGAUAGCCGGACGACUGUCUUUGGCACGGAUGGAAAUAUCGUGGACGAGAGUGGGAUUGAGGAAUGGGGGUCAUAUGAAGCUCGUCAGAUGAUCGAGGUCUGGUUUGUUGCGCUGGCUGCAAUCAAACAGGUUUCUGAGGAAUCGAAUGGAAACUUCGAGAUUACCCCUUUCAUGUUUACUGGCAAUGACUUUGGUUCACUACAUACCCGUCGCUUUGAUAAUCAUAGCGGUCAGCCGGAUGAGGACGAUGAACCGCUCGCUUCUGUGUUGCUUGAACAUGACGAUCGGGCUCGUCACCAUACGGCUGGUGUAACGUCUAUCCUACCCCUUGAUAUUCCGAUGGUAGACGGCGCGCCCAUUGUUUUGACAGGGAGCUACGACGAGAGUCUGCGCGUGUACCACGCUACUUUUCGAGGUGAGGUCCUCGCCGAGCAGGGCCUCGGCGGCGGUGUAUGGCGGUUGCAGUUACUGUCAACAACAGCAAUCCCUGGUUCCGAUGAUAACUUGGAGCGGCAUUUCGUUGUCCUCGCGAGCUGUAUGCACGCUGGGACAAGAGUUGUACGGGUGACCCAAAAGAAGCAGGGACAGGGUCCAGUCGAAUGGGAUAUCCAAAUCCUGGCGGAGUUUACAGAGCAUGAGAGUAUGAAUUACGCGAGCGAUGUGUGGAAGGGCGCGUCGGAACAUUCGGAUGCAUUGCAGGCAUCGUCUGAGUUACUUUGCGUGUCAAGUAGCUUCUAUGACCGUCGCGUGUGUGUAUGGCGGAUCAAUGUAUAG